AUGGCUUCAUCUGUAUAUAGCUCUUCGUGCCGGGAAUUGAAGGAAGCGGUUUUCUGUAAUUUGUUCUCUCUGAGCUGGGCUUGCGGUGGCCCGAAGUCUUCCGGUGAGGAUUUGCCGCCUGAGAUUUCAGUUUACAUUGUUCUUUUAGUGGACGGAUUUAUUGAGCUUGAUUCUGCGAAAUAUCUUCAAAUGAUUAGGCUCUCAUGGGGUCAUUUCUUCUUCUUCUUCUUCUUAGCAUCAUUUUCUUUUUUGGCUAAAAAAGUAAAGACGGGAGCUUUUGAUGGAGUAUUCCUGAUGACUUUCUCUUGUAUUUUGGCUACCAAAGACAGGACUGUGCUUUCUGCUCUGGUUGAGGGGCAAUUGAUGGACUUGAAUGCAUCCCCUGAACCGGAAGAGGACGAUGUGUUUCCUGAGCCACAUUCAGAAGAGGAAAAUGUACGAUAUGAACAUGCAGACUACAACGAGCAUGUGGAUGGGGGCGAGAGUGCAGUUCAGAUUUCACGCCGGCUCUUUGUUGCAAAGCCCUGCCAUCUGAUGACAACAAUCAUACUUAAUACUUUUUGUGGAACAUUAUGCUGCGUUUGUUUCGACUCCUUGCCUUCGCAUUUGUUAUUUCAGAGUCAAGAGCGUGAAGAAAGGAUGCAACGGAUACGAAGACAGCGUCCUGAUGAGAAACCAGCCUAUGGAUAUCAGUCAAGUCAGCGAGAUGUUGGGUAUCAAGUGAAGAGGCAGAGACCUAAUAGUAGACUUCCGCCAGGUUGGUUAGACUGCCCUGCUGUCGGACAAGAAAUAGGUUUUUUGGUACCCUCGAAAGUUCCUUUAGGUGAAUCAUAUAAUGAUGAUAUUCCUCCUGGUAGAAGAUACUCUUUCAGGCAGCUUGGUUUGGUGAUUGAUCUUACCAAUUCAAGUAGAUACUAUAAUGCACUUGAGUUGAAGAACGGUGGUAUGAAGCAUGUGAAGAUUGCAUGCAAGGGGCGUGAUUCAGUGCCAGAGAAUGAGGCUGUAAAUAAAUUUUUUAACGAGGUUCUCCAGUUUGUGACUCGGCACAAGCAACAAAAAAAAUAUAUUCUUGUUCAUUGCACACAUGGGCAUAACCGUACUGGAUAUAUGAUUGUCCACUAUCUCAUGCGUACGCUGCCCAUAUCUGUCUCUCAGGCAAUCAAAAUAUUUGCUGAUGCACGUCCACCUGGGAUUUACAAACCAGACUACAUUGAUGCUUUGUACUAUUUCUAUCACGAGAAGAAGCCUGAUAUGGUUGUUUGUCCCCCAACUCCAGAGUGGAAAAGAUCCUCCGAUCUCGAUUUGAAUGGUGACGCGGUGCUAGAUGAUGACGACGAUGAUGGAGAUUCUAUAGCUCCUGUAGAUGAUAUUAAGGAGACACAGCUGGUCAUGACAAAUGAUGAUAUAUUGGGAGACAAAAUACCUUUUGACCAAGAAUUAGCAAUGCGACAUUUCUGUUAUCAGAUUAUGAAGUUGGCUAUGCCACAAGGGGCAAGAGGACCUCAGAAUUUCCCUGGUUCACAUCCAGUUUCCCUUAACAGAGACAACUUACAAUUGUUAAGGCAACGUUACUACUAUGCAACAUGGAAAGCUGAUGGAACGAGAUAUAUGAUGCUAAUCACCAUGGAUGGUUGUUACUUGAUAGAUAGGCAUUUUACUUUCCGGAGGGUCCAGAUGCGAUUUCCUUGCAGGCAUGCUAAUGAAAAGGGAAUGACUGAGAAAACGUUUCAUCAUUAUACUUUACUUGAUGGAGAGAUGAUAAUUGACACCAUGCCUGAUUCACAGAAGCAAGAAAGAAGAUACUUGAUCUAUGAUAUGAUGGCCAUUAAUCAAAUUCCCAUUGUUGAGCGACCAUUUUACGAACGCUGGAGAAUGCUGGAGAAGGAAGUGAUUGAACCUCGGAAUCUUGAGAGACAACAUAUAUAUCAGAGCCAAAACCCUUAUUACAGAUAUGAUUUGGAACCUUUCAGGGUACGAAGGAAAGAUUUUUGGCUGCUUUCCACCGUUACAAAACUCUUGAAAGGAUUUAUUCCAAAGCUUUCCCAUGAUGCAGAUGGUCUUGUUUUUCAGGGUUGGGACGAUGCUUACGUUCCAAGGACCCAUGAAGGCCUUUUGAAAUGGAAAUACCCAGAAAUGAAUUCAGUGGACUUUCUUUUUGAGAUGGUAGACGAUCAUCAAUUACUCCAUCUGUUUGAGCGAGGAAAAAAAAAAUUGAUGGAUGGGAGAGUUGUGUUCCCUGAUGGGAAUGACCCGUCAACUUAUUCAGGGAAGAUUAUAGAGUGUUCAUGGGAUUCUGAAGAAAGCGUAUGGGUGUGUAUGAGGGUUAGGAUCGACAAAGGUACCCCUAACGAAUUCAACACUUACAAGAAGGUUAUGAGGAGUAUAAAGGACAAUAUAACAGAAGAAGUGUUGCUGAACGAGAUAAACGAAAUCAUACGCCUGCCAAUGUAUGCGGACAGGAUACAAAACGAGAGCAAAGCCCAUCAACACCAUUCAGCUCGUCGUAGGUGAUUGAGAAGUAAGUUUCAAUGAGCUCUAGUGU